UAUUUUAACAAGUUCGGAACAUAUCAGAAACAGCUGACUAGGUGCAAUCAAUUGUGAAUUUUUAUACUUUGUUGUGAUCGUGCUAAUCAUCACCUUGUACCAUGGUGGUAAUAAACAUUAUAUUGCAGUAAAAAUAAUUGAGAAAAUAAAUAAAAAUGGUAUCAAAAACUAUUGAAAUGGACUCGAGCGAUUCUGACGAUGGAGAUGAUGAACAAAUGCGUCAGUUCAUGGAAGCGGCGGACACCACUUUGUUAACUAAUACUAUGUUUCAGCAGACCGGAAAACAAAAUCUCAUGGAAGAGAAUACUCCUGAAAAAUCGGAUCAAGGCGCUUUAGAACAAAAAGGUCCAAAGUCAAACCGCUAUUUGCUAGAAGAGCACUUGGAAGCUAAUGUAGACUUCAUCGCGACAGAGUCAACACAGAAAUUUCUCGGAAAGAAGCUUUCUGAGCUAAUUGCGAAAAAUUUUGAAUUUUGUAAUAUUGACACUCCGUCAAAAGUUCAAAAAACGAGAAGAAACCGUGUUACCCUGCUUGCAGGAGCAGAUUGUUAUGUUAACCCCUAUGAAGACUUUGAAUUCGAAACGCAAGGCCCAACACAGCGGCCUGUAAUAAAGAGAAGAAAAGUGGACAGUGAAGAAAAGGAACAGCCGCUAGAAGAACUCUUUAACUUGGCAUCAGUAACUGCUGAAGACAUCACCAGCGGAAAGCUAAUUUCCGGUUGGGCGUCAAAACCCGAACGAGAAGAAAAACAUUUUCACUACAAAAGUGAUAGCGUUGGUACUCUCCAUUUCAAACCAGUUGGAAAUGAGUUCACAAAGCUGCGCAAUAAAAAUAAGUGGAAUGAAGCAAAGAUAAAACAAAAAAUAAAUUUAAGAUUAGCAUAAUUUAUAUCUAUCUUGUUUAAUUAGGAGAAAUAAACUUUAAACGACUAAUUACUAAA